AUGACUCUCAAGAAAGGCGCCGCACUUGCUUUCGUCAUGUCUUGCGUUGCUGCGCUUGUUAUAUCGAACUGGUUUACCGGUUGGAUGGGAAAGGCCAUUGCUCAAACUCGGAGUUACAUGCUACCUGUUCUUGUAAUUGUUCUUACUCUUGAACCACUUAUGUUUCUUAUAAUCUUGUCUAUUGCGAGGGUUCCGCCAUAUAACCCGCCCAAGACAACUCCGUCGCACGUUACUGAGGGAGUUAUCAGCGAGAAGAGUCCGGAUGAUCUGGAGCGUGGUGUGGCGGUGACUACUACGGGGAUUUGGGAAACUGCCUUUGUGAUUCCCUGUCACAACUCAGAUCGCGAAGCCUUACGAAAGGUGAUCGAAUCCGCAUAUCCCCAUUUCAGACCCCAAGACAUCUUCAUUAUCGAUAACGGUAGAUCUCGAUAUCCACAAGAUCUCUCCUUCCGAUACUGGCUCAAGAAUCUUCACCCUGACCUCGUCUACAUCUGGUCCCCCAUCGGUUCAAAGAACGCAGCUCAACUCGUCGGUUCCCUAGCAGCUAAGGACUACAAGUACAUCUUGACAACAGACGAUGAUGUCUCUCUUCCAGAGAACUAUCGCCAUCCUAUUCAUCUCAUGAACGACCACUUAAGAGCCGUUGCUUUUCCCUUAGCAGGCACCGAUGCAGAUGGUAACACACCCCUUGGUAUGGUCUCUUGGCAAGACUGCGAGUACCGCAUGGCUGGUCUUGUCAAACUCGCUGAGAAUCGUACAUGCGGUGUCAACUUUCCUCACGGCGCUGGGUGGUUUGUUGAUCGCGAUGUAUUCGUUGAGCUCCUUUCGAAAUAUCAUCCUAUGGAUUUUAUUGCGGAAGACGCGAAUGCUGGGUUUUCUAUCAUGCGUCUUGGCAAGGGUAUUGCUUUUGAUGCCCAGGUUACGCUCGCGACUGAAGUUCCAGCGACUGUGCUUGGCCCGGGGCUGAACUGGUGCAAGCAGAGGAUCAAGUCAUGGGAAAUGGGAAGGCAUAGUCUGAUCUGGAAGAUAAUGCGUCACCUGUUUCGCAUGAACGGUCAGCGAACUAUUCAGGGCAUUCUUAUGCAAAAGGGUCUCUUCCUUUACAUUCUGGCCUGUCUAGUUAUUGAUUGGGUCCGCAUUCCCGUCCUGGUCGCUCUCGGCGCGCACAAGGAAUACUGGAUCUUCUUCUUCAGUCUUGCCUUUGUCGCUUGUCUCCCUCCCCUUCUCUACAACUAUAUCAGCUGUUGGCACCGUCCUGAUAUGCGUAUUGGACUUGUCACCAUCGCUACUUAUCCUAUUUACAAGCAGCUCUAUAGUUUUGUCUCUGUUUUUGGUGCUGUUCGUUGGGCACUGUUUUAUAUCGGGGGACAUGUCAGAGCGAAACCUAUUCGGAAGAUGCUAAAAGAUGGAGAUGAAGCUUGUUUUUGGCUGGAUCCUAGAUUUGAGACAAACCCUGCUUGGUUGGCGGAUGAGAAGGAGAAGAUGCUAGCAGAUGAAAUGGCGAUGACAGAAGUCGCAUCAUACAGUUCCUCCUCACAGCUAUAG